AUGGAUCAUGGACGUACAGAGAAAGACGCUGCUACUAUGACAGCUCUGGACUUAGUGGGCGAGGAAGCACGAUCCGUCGAUGCCUCAAUCAAACAACGAGUCCUGAGAAAGAUCGACUGGUUCCUGAUGCCGGUGAUGGUGAUUGGAUACGGCUUAGUCUACUACGAUAAGGCCAUCCUCGGCAGCGCUGUCCUCUUCGGCAUGACCGCCGACCUCAAACUCUCCGUCAAAAACACCUCCGUCAGCCCCCCAACCACUGACACCAGCCGACUCAGCUGGGCAACAUCCAUUUUCUACUUCGGCCAGCUCAUCGGUUCAUACCCUAUGACAUACAGCCUCCAGCACUUCAGCACGCGCCAAGUCCUCGGCCCCGUCGUGAUGCUAUGGGCGGUAAUCUGCGCAUCCACGGCGGCCGUGACAACAUGGCAAGGCCUCCUAGUCCAGCGCUUUUUCCUAGGCGUAACCGAAUCCCUCAUCCCGACCGCCUUCAUGACCAUUAUCAGCGGCUUCUACACCCAAUCCGAGCAAGCCUUCCGGCAGAGCUGGUGGUUCUCCGGCACGGGGUGGUUCACGAUCAUCGGGGGCGGGUUGAACUACGGUUUCGCUAAAAUCGACGGCGGGGCGCUGAAGUCGUGGCAGUACAUCUACGUCCUCGCGGGCGGACUGACGUUCCUGUUUGGGAUAUGCUGCUUUUUCCUGCCGAAUUCGCCGCUGGAUGCGUGGUUCCUGACGCCUGAGGAGCGGAUCGUGGCGGUGGAGAGGCUGAGAGCGGGGCAGACGGGGAUCAAGACGAGGAAGAUUAAGAAGGGGCAAGUAUGGGAGGCGUUUUGCGAUGUGAAGGUCUGGCUUAUUGCGUUGAUCAUGGCUUCGGCUUAUACCGUGAAUGGCGCCGUAGCUGGAUUCGGCCCCCUAAUCGUCUCCACAUUCGGCUUCUCCUCGUACGAGAGCAUAAUCUUCCAGUUUCCGCUCGGCGCUGUCUGCGCUAUUGGGAUACCGUUGACAGGGUGGCUUUGCUCGCGGUACCGCAAUAUUCGGAUUCCAACGCUUUUGCUCUGCUGUCUGCCCGUUAUAGCAGGUUUCGUCAUUAUCUGGAAGUCGAAGUGGGGCCAUCGCCCAGCUGCGCCGGUGGUUGGGUACUCGCUGAUUGGGUUCUUUGGACCGGUCGUGGGUCUGAUAGUUGGGCUGGGGGCGGGAAAUAUUGCUGGUGAGACUAAAAAGAGUUUCAUGGCUUCGGCGGUCUUCGUGGCGUAUUGCGUGGGCAAUAUUAUUGGGCCGCAGUUGAUUAAGAGUCAGACGAAGAGCGAACAUUACCCUGAACUGUGGACGGGGCUGAUUAUCUGCUAUUGUAUUACCAUACUGUUAUCAUCAGUGCUCUACGUGCUAUUGCGUCGCGAGAAUAGGAGACGUGGCCGUUUGGGCUUGGAUGAGCGCGAGGGCGAUCGGAUGGCAUUCAAAGAUUUAACGGAUAAGGAGAACUUGCACUUUAGAUACGUAUACUAG